AUGAUGCUGAGACGAUAUCGUAAUGUUUCACUACGGAAUGUCCGAUUCAUCUCAAAGGUCGCAAACGUAAAUUUACGAAGUUUGAAUUUGGAAGAUUUUAUAGGCACAAACAAUAAAGGGAUUGAUGGCCUUUCGUCGUACAGAGAUGAGACAGCUAGCUUGACUCACACAACUAGCUCUAGAGAAACCAGAUUGCUUCCGAAGACGCUUCAGGGCCAGUCAUAUCGGGAUCAGCUAGAGUUAAAUCCUGAUGUGAGCAAAGCAAUCAAUAACAAUAUUAUGGCCUUGCAUAUUCCAAAUAAUAUUAGAAGAGUUGCAACAAAUUAUUACAAAGAGAUCCAGGAGCCAAAUUCCUUACAUCGACCUUGCAAAACUAAAAUGGAGGUUGAUGCUCAUAUAGCGUCCAUUUUUUUACAGAAUUACGGUUCUGUCUUUCAAUCCCUGAAAGAAUUACAAAAAAGGUUAGGCAUUGAGAAUUUCGAACCGAAGAGGGUUCUUGAUGUUGGAUUUGGCCCAGCUACAGGUAUAGUUGCACUGAAUGAUCUUUUAGGCGAGAAGUACCGACCCGACGUAAAAGAUGCGGUUAUUUUAGGCAAUGCUGAAAUGCUGAAAAGAGCCAAAAUCAUCUUGAGCAGACAACUAAAUGAAGUUGUUGACGCUGUGGAAGUAAAAGAAUCCAUGGAGGAAAAAAAGGAUGUAAAUAAAGAAAAGGACAAGAUUUUUCAGGAGGAUGAGCUUAUUGGGGAGGUAAUGACGAAAAAAAUUAGUGUCAUGACUAACUUACGAUCUUCUGUUCCUGGUCUCAAAGAAUAUGACCUCAUUAUUAUAACGCACCAACUUCUUCAUAAUAAGAACGUGUUUCCAAUCCAGGUAGAUGAAAAUAUAGAGUAUUAUUUAAACAUGCUAGCGCCAGGGGGGCAUAUUGUUAUCAUUGAACGAGGAAAUCCGGUGGGAUUUGAGAUCAUAGCAAGAGCUAGACAAGUCAUGCUCAGACCUGAAAAUUUCCCGGAAGAAUUUGGUAAGAUACCUAGACCCUGGUUAAGGGGAAUGACUAGUAAAAACAAGAAUCGUACGGAGUUGAAAAACAUGGCAAGUGAUUAUUUUUUGAAAGUAAUUGCACCUUGUCCGCAUCAAAGGAAAUGUCCUUUGCAAGUUGGAAAUCCAAACUUUUACACCCACAAAGAAGGCAAGGACCUGAAGUUUUGCAAUUUUCAGAAAAGCAUCAAGAGACCGAAGUUUAGUGUAGAGUUAAAAAAGGGGAAACUUCUAGCCACUUCGUGGGAUGGUUCUCAAGGAAGCGCCUCUAGACUACGGGGGACAGGAAGGAGAAAUGGCCGUGACUAUGAGGUUCUGAAUUAUUCCUAUUUAAUACUCGAAAGAUCACAUCAGGAUGAAAAGACUGUGAAAGAAAUUGAAAAAUUACGAAAGGAGAGUAUCAGUGACAAAUACGAUAUUGGAUCACUGGGUGACGACACACAAAAGACCUGGCCACGAAUUAUUAAUGACCCUAUCAAACGUAAAGGCCAUGUUAUGAUGGAUUUAUGUGCGCCAUCAGGUACGCUAGAAAAAUGGACGGUUUCGCGGUCGUUUUCCAAACAAAUUUACCAUGAUGCUAGAAAGAGUAAAAAGGGUGAUUUAUGGGCCUCAGAUGCCAAGACACAGAUCAAAGGAUUGGGAGAUUUGAACCUUCAGAAGUUUCAGAAAUUAGAAAAGGAGAGAAUCAAGCAAAUGAAGAAAGAGGAACGCCGAACAUCCAGAGAAAUAACGGAAUCGUUCAACGAAUUGGAGGAUUCCCUUCAAUUUGAUAAUCACAAACUUUCAGACGUUGAGGUGGUAAGGGAAAUAUCGACCUUACACGGACACCAUUUUUCACAACAUGUAAAUAAAAAAUGA